CUCUAUUCUUGUCAAACGGCAGAUGUCCCAUGUGAAGUCAAGCUGAAAACGAGUCUCGUCAGAACAACCUGCGUGACUGGUCUGCUAAAGAGUUGUUCGCCGCUCGCGCCUCGCCGGCCGGCGGCGGCCGCGCCCCCAUUCGACGCGAUGGCGCUCCGCUCGCAACUCCUGCGCAACUUCUUCAAUGGGACCCCGACUCGUCGUUUCCACGAGCUGAAGGAAAAGGAGCGCGCAGGAGUGGCGACCCUUCGAGAAGUAUUGGAGGACAGGCUGCGGGAGAUCAAGCGAGCCAAGACAUGGAAACACGAGAGAAUCCUCACCUCGCCGCAGGAUACCAAGGUUAAAGUGCAAGGUGUGGAAGGAGAGUUCCUCAAUUUCUGCGCCAACAACUAUUUAGGACUUUCCAAUCAUCCUGAAGUGGUCGAGGCCGCUAGGGAGGGUUUGAAGAAAUAUGGCGCAGGUCUCAGUUCCGUGCGAUUCAUUUGCGGCACUCAGACUAUACACAAGGAACUAGAGAACCGUCUAGCUCAGUUCCACCAGCGCGAGGAUGCGAUCCUAUACGGCUCGUGUUUCGACGCCAACGCCGGUCUCUUCGAGUCCAUGCUGACGCCAGAGGACGCCGUGUUCUCCGACGCCCUCAACCAUGCUUCCAUCAUUGAUGGCAUCAGACUGUGCAAGGCGCAGAAGUUCCGUUACCCACAUAGAGACCUUAAUGAAUUGGAGCACCUGCUGGCGCACAGCGAGGCUCGCAUCAAGCUGAUCGUUACUGAUGGCGUGUUCUCCAUGGACGGCACCGUGGCCCCUAUCCAGGGUCUGAGGGACCUCGCGGACAAGUACCGCGCCCUACUGGCUGUAGACGACAGUCAUGCUACAGGGUUCUUUGGAGAAACUGGCCGAGGCACGGAAGAGUACUGCGGUCUCCUAGGCGCGGCGGACAUUAUAUGUUCUACGCUGGGUAAGGCGGUAAGCGGCGCGGCGGGCGGCUACACAACCGGCCCCAAGGAGCUUAUCACCUUACUGAGGAACGUGUCGCGUCCGUACCUGUUCUCGAACGCCCCACCACCGCCAGUCGUUGCUGCCUCUUUGAAGUCGUUGGACCUGGUGGAGCAGAGCGGUGAGCUUCGCCAACGUCUCCGGGACAACACGCGAGCCUUCCGCGAAGGUUUGAAGGCGGCCGGACUCACUGUGAACGGGGAUGACCACCCCAUCUGCCCCGUCAUGGUGGGAGAGGCACCCCUCGCUGUGGAACUGGCUACAGACUUGCUCAAGCGCGGUAUCUACGUGGUAGCGUUCAGUUACCCGGUGGUCCCGCGCGGCGCGGCCCGCGUGCGCGUGCAGCUGUCGGCCGCGCACGAGCCCGCGCACGUGCAGCAGGCGGUGCGGGCCUUCGCGGACUCCGCCAGGCAGGUCGGCAUCGUUAAAGGAUAACUCACUUAUAUACGAUCUUAGGAAUAAAUUGAGAUAGUUCGGAAAAUAACCCCGUUGAACCCUGUUCAAUCAAGCAAUUUAACCUAUUGUGGUCUAUUGCUGGACCUUACUCAAAAUGAGUCUUUUAUCAAUACAUAAUAAAUAUAUACCAACCUUUGUAGUGAAGUUUUGAGCAUUGAUCAUCAUGCUUAUUCACUACGUUAGCAAUUUUUUAAACAAUGCAGAAUUUAUUAUGUGACAAGAAUCAGUGAACAACUCCUAAGAUCUGUAUGCAACAUCUAAUUAAUUUUAAUUUUGUAAAUAUCAAAUCAUUUUCGAAAUGUUUGUGAAUGUAUGGAAUUUUAGGACUGAACAAUUAAAAGUUUUUAUUGUUAUUACAUUA